AUGAGUGAGAAGUCUAUUGAACAAGCCAAUGCUUUCUACUCUUCGAACCCCAAACAACCUUUUGAUCCCUACUCCAAUUCUUACAAAGAAGGUUGGAAACAACAUCCCAACUUCUCUUAUAAGAACACCAAAGCACAACAUAAUCCACCAUCACAACCAUCCCUACCCAACAACUACAACUCACCACCCGGUUUCCAACAAAGACCACCUAUGAACCAACAACCAACGCAACUACUUCCCCAAAAAUCUAGCCUUGAGUUAAUGAUGGAGAGCUUUAUUACCGCAACCAAUAGUGCCAUCCAACAACAAAGUAGCUCUAUCCAACAACAAGGUAACUCCAUCCAACAGUUGCAAGCCCAGAGUAAGCUCAUGGAAACCCAAAUAAGUCAACUUUCACAACAGGUGAGUCGCCUAUCAACUCUUCAUGAUCAAGAAAAGGUCCAGAAAGAACAAUGCAAUGCAGUUUUCUUGAGAAGAGAUGAACCAUCUCCGAGGCAAAUAGGUGAGAAGGUGUGCAGUGUGGAGUCUAGGAAGGAUGAAAAGGGCAAAGAUGUCCAAGGCCCCAGAUAUGUUGCUCCACCGGCUUAUGAGGAACCAAUGCCUUUCCCGCAAAGGUUGUCAAAAGCCGUACUCGAUAGACAUUUUGGGAAAUAUCGCGAAGCCCUUGAGAAGGUACACGCUUCUACUCCCUUUUCCGAUCUUUUAAUUCAAAUGCCUCAAUUUGCAAAUUUGGUGAAGAAUAUUAAAGAUCAACAUGAGGAUAAGGAAGUAGUAAAUAAGAAAGGCCCUACUCUCUUAUAUGAUAACCUACCACCUAAGCUGCAUGAUCCGGGUAGUUUCACUAUUCAUUGCACGAUAAACGAAAAAUUUUUCGAUAGGGUUUUGUGCGAUUUAGGUGCUAGUGUUAACUUAAUGCCCUAUUCGUUAUAUGAGAGUUUAGGCUUGCAAGGACUUAAACCUUCCCCUAUUUCUCUUCAAUUGGCUGAUAGGACCUCUAGACUCCCUAAGGGUGUGGUUGAGGAUGUAUUAGUUAAGGUUGGUGAACUUGUUUUUCCUGUUGAUUUUGUUGUUAUGGACAUGAAAGAAGACCAUAAGAUCCCGAUUAUAUUUGGUCGUCCAUUCCUUGCCACAAGUCAAGCUGUAAUAGAUGUUCCUAAAGGAUAA